AGCAUGGGAGCGGAAUAUUAUGAGGCGCAAGGGUUGGAAUAUAACAUGCUGUUGAAAUUCUCUCAAAAAUGAUAUUCCUAACGGUAAUUUUGGAGAUUACUUUGAGUGGUUGAGUGGAGAAUUCAUAUACGAUGUUUAGGAACAGUAACGGGCUUCUCAAGCGAAAACGAGUCGGGUUUUUGGUCAGUCAAAGAAAGAUGCGUAAGAGUAUUUUCGACACCUUCAUGCAGUUGUGUGGGAAAACUGGUAUCGAUCUGGUUGAGGUGGACUUGGACAGACCACUAGAAGAACAAGGUCCCUUUGACCUGAUCAUCCAGAAGAUAACAGAUUACAUGGCAGCCGCUACUGAGGGCGAUGAAGAAGCUAUUAAAACAUUAAAAGGAGUAGAGAUGUAUAUUAAAGAUCACCCAGAAAUCAUCAUCAUUGAUCCAAUGGAAUCAAUCCACAAGUUAUUUGACAGAACAAAAAGUUAUCAGAUCAUGAAAGAGUGUGAAAUCCUGGAGGAAGGAGUUAAAGUCUUUGUUCCUAACUUUGUGCAAUUUGAUGAGCUUGACUAUAAACAGAAUUUGAUGAGAAUUGAAAAUGCUGGUGUUAUGUUUCCAAUGAUUUGUAAAACUGUCAUUGGUCAUGGAUCAGAAUUGUGUCAUGAGAUGGCAUUAAUCUUUAAUGAGGAAGGACUGCAGGACCUGACACAGGCUCCAUGUGUUGUUCAACAAUUUGUAAAUCAUGAUGCUGUUUUAUUUAAGGUAUUUGUGGCAGGAGAUAAGCAUUACAUCGUAGAGAGACCAUCAAUCAAGAAUUUUUACAAGACUACAACAAAAGAGAUGAAAACAAUAUUCUUUUCAUCACAUGAUGUUUCCAAACCUGACUCAGGAUCUUAUCUUAGUGAGCUUGACAAUGAUGAUAGUGAUAGCACAAACAGUAUAGGGCUGGAUGAAAACUUAGUUUUAAAACUUGUCAGAAAACUUCAACCAAAAUUGAAUUUAACAAUGUUUGGCAUUGACAUUGUUGUGGAGAAAGGCACAGGGCACCAUGUUGUUAUCGAUAUCAAUUACUUUCCAGGAUAUGAAGGAGCACCAUCAUUUCCUGUUGACUUUGCAAAGUAUGUACAUGACUUACUUGACAAAGCACAUACCACGGAAAGGACAGCUACCUCACCAAUAGUGUUGAGUUGACAAAGGAGUUUCUAUUCUCUUUAGAAACCAUUACUAGGGUGUAAAUUUUACCACAAAUUAAACAAACUGAGCUCAGAGUGAGAAGAAAUAUGCUGAAGUGGACUCAACCCAGUCUCCAUAACAUGGGGCAUGUAGGAGUCUUGCCACUCUUACUGAAUGGAGUUCCAGAUCAUUGCAAGCAUUCCAGGCAGUUCCUGAAGUCUUCCCAACAGUUUGCCAUAACUAUUGUGGUUGGAGAGGGGUACUGUGACAGCAAAGUGUCAUGUCUAAGAUCUCAAACAUAAGGAUGGCACUAGGACUUAGACUCCAUACUCUUGAUUCAAAGUCUUCUGCACUAACUAUUAGGCUGUGGUGCUCCCUAUUUAUGAGAAUUUUUUAUAACUUUCUUGGAUUCUUCAUGAGCUUGUAGAGAGAGAUUUCUGCUUACUUAUUAAUUAAGUGUAUUAAUUAUUUCUUUAAUUUUUUGAUGGUAAAACAUACAAACAUAUCACCUUGUCAGCAGAGUCAUAUGGAUCACAAAACAUCUCUGUUAGCAGGUAACAUGUGAAAAGACCACAUUAUUGAAGAUCAAAGAUCAAGAGGCUGGAGCAUGUGACCUGAAAUAUACUUUGUUGGAGCACAGUUUCGCAAAGGGUUGAAAUUGCUCAGUGACUCAUUUGAAUAAUGCUCAGGAACACAAGUUAGAGAGAGUUUAGAAUUCACAUGAAGAGGUUUACAUGGUUCAGUCUCUGUCAAUUACUAGUAACUUUAAAAAGUAAGAUGUACAUGGAGACUGUCUUUAUUCUUCAAUGGACAUCAGUUUUAUCCUUGGUAAUUGCCUUUUCUGUUACCACAUUAGAUGAAGCUGGAAAUAGACAAUAUGGCUUCUGUUUGUUUGUUUAAGUUCAAUAGAGACCACUAAAAAAAAUUAAAAAUGAUUCUUGUUGACAUACUAUUAAAACUCACUUUUAUAAGAAAGUUUGUGCACUCAGCCUAAAUUUGAAAGUGAGUUUGGAACUUGGAACCCAUUGAGAUGGAAAUUCACUGUAAAUAGAGACUUUGUUACAAGGUAUUAAGUAAUACUGUCUUUUUCCUUGUUAACCUUUCCUAACUUAAACAUGAACAGUCUAGACUUGAUGGAGUGUUUUAUUUUUCUUUGAGGGCUGUGCUGUCUUGAACUUAAUUUUUUUACAAAAGUUGGAUAGUGGGGAUGUGCAUUAUUGUUCCAACCACAGCAUCAUAUCCACACAAUCAUGAGAUUAUUAUUACUCCUGUAAAAUCAGUAAAAGAGUUCUAUUGUUAAAUAAAUACACAUAACUGACAAUGUUCAGUCAUACUUGUCACAACUUCUCAUAGACCUCAAAAUAAAGUUGUUCAAGCAAAUAUCAGGUCAAA